UUCGAAUGUGACUCAUUUUUGCUCAUUUUGGAGUUGGUUCAUUUGGAGGGCUCUCGACUGAACUCAGUCACUUGGUUUCAAGUUGAUGGCCUGUCUCAGACCAGUCUCUCCUCUGCUCUGUGUGGACAAUGAGGUGGGAGAGUCCUUGGGCCACCCAGGGGACCGGUGACUUCAGUGCUCUGGUUGCACAUCAACAGAGCUUUGUUUCACUGCUUCAGACCCUCCCUCUCCUCUUCUCCCCAGGCAUUUUAAAAAUUCCUAUUUUCAAAGUCAUCUGCCUCGCUCUUCUCCAUGUCUAAAAGCAAACCAAAAAAAAAAAAAACCAACCUGAAAGGGAAAAUACCAGUUUUAAUUGCAUAUCUUUUUCUCAUGUAUCUUUUCUUAGCUGUGUAUUUUGGUUUCAAAACAGAGUAACUUAAUUACUUCAUUAAUUAGGGAUUUGAGAGUAAGGGGUUUUGAGACUUGAAAAGUAAGUUUCACCUACUCCCCUGCUGACACCCAGGAGAAUUUGUUUUCUCGAGGCUCCCUCUGUAGCCAGUGGAGACAAGAGAACAUUUGGAGGCUGGCUGCUCCCAGCUGGCACACAAAACAAAAGUUACAGAUCUCUUCCUGGCACUUUUCUCUUGCUCUGCACUCGGGUUAUUUGAUAGCAACAGCAAUGAAGGACUGCAUGGGAACAGGUGCAUUUUGGUGCAGACAGGUGACAGCUCAGAUUGUGACACUCUCUGUGGAUCCAUAACAAAUUCCAGUCCUCAUUCAGAGUGCUAAAAAACCAAGCUAUGCUUGGUCCCUAUUCUGCCCUCCCCAUUCCUUUCCUGAAGAGCCAGAGAGGGAAAAGCUGUGGAAGAAAGCAGAGGGUUGCAAAAGAGAUACUUGGGACUGCUUAUUUUGGAAUCAACAGGUCCUCAGCGACUCCUGGUCCAAAGGCAAGUACUGAAAAGUAGAAACAAGGACCUUCAAUGCACAGAUUGGAUGUAAUUUCACAGUUUAGUGUUUGUGCUGUAGGUGAGAGGUGUUUGGCACACGGGUGUGACAGAUUUUGCAGUAGGUCUGAGUGAGCCGGGACUUUCCUAGGAAUGGGGGGAAAUAGCCAAUAGCUCUUUAGAAUGCUCUGUUCUGGUGAAAGAAUUCUUCGGGGGUGUUUGGAAAAGGUAGAAAGAACACAAUAAAAUCCCUGGGGUCUCUUCCUGAAGUGGGAAACCGAACAAUCAGGGUGUGAGAAUUGUUUGAUGCACGAUCUCUGCGCUCUAUAGCAAGACUGCAGGAAAAGAAAGAAGCAGAGAAAGAGGGAUAGAAAUGUUUGUCCAGACUGUGAAAUUAUCCCACUUGUUUUUGCCAUGUUCCUGUCUCAGCAGGAUGAGCUGGAAUUCAGCAUGGGACCAGAAAAUGAAACAGCAGUUACUGAGUUCAUCCUAGAGGGUUUCCCAGAGCUUGAUCCAAGACUGCAGGUAUUCUUCUCUCUGGUCCUCCUGCUCAUGUACCUGACAACAGUGAUGGGGAAUGCAACCAUCAUUUUCCUCGUGUGUGUGGAUCACCACCUGCAAACCCCCAUGUACUUUUUCAUCAGCAACCUGGCCUUCCUGGAAAUCUGGUUUACAUCCUCCACAAGCAUCAAAUUGUUUGUGAUGCUGAGUUCUGGCCAGAACGCUCUCUCACUAAGCAGCUGCUUUGCCCAAAACUAUUUCUAUUUUGCCCUGGGCUGCACAGAGUUCAUCCUGCUCGUUGUCAUGUCCUUUGACCGCUAUGUUGCCAUCUGCCAACCUUUGCUCUACGCUGCCAUCAUGAAGCCUCAGCUCUGUGUCCACCUGGUUGUUGCUGCUUGGGUCCUCGGCUUUGGCCUGCAGAGCUACCGGCUGCUCUUCCUCUCUGAGCUGUCUUUCUGUGGCUCCAAGAUCCCCCAUUUCCUUUGUGACAACUCCCCCUUGUUCAAACUCUCCUGCUCUGACACCAGCCUGCUUUGGAAAAUAGACUCUGUCUUCUUAUCCUGGGUCGUGCUGGGUUCCUUAUGUUUGACUCUGGCAUUUUACAUCUGCAUCCUCCUCUGUGUUCUGCAUCUUCCAGCAGCCUCUGGGAGGAAAAAAGCUUUGACUACGUGUUCUUCCCAUCUCAUCACCUUAUCCAUUGCCUAUGGGAGCUGCACUGCUCUCUACACGUGUCCUGCAGAAGCUGUUUCCUUGAGCACCAGCAGAAUUGUAGCUCUGCUGAACACAGUCCUGUACCCCCUCUUAAAUCCAUUCAUCUACAGCCUUCGGAACAAAUCUGUGAUCCUGGCCCUGAGCAAAUCCAUUGCCAGGGCAAGAACAAAGCUUUUCCCCUAACCAUGAUGCAUUUCUGGAAAGCCACCCCAAGAAUCUGGUGCCAUCUGUUACACAACACCAGUGCCUGUGAGUGCAGCCUCCAAACAGGGCUGCCUCAGGAGACCGGUGCUCCUGCGGGCUAAGAGAUAAGAGACUCCUCUGCACACCCAGACAGGGCACCAACAACGGCAGGAGGAGAAACUCAGUUCAUUCUCUGCCCUGGCUGCUGGCAGGGCCAUUACUGGAGAGCCACCAGCUCACUGAGAGCCCAUCUCCAAAAACAAGGAAGAGCUCAGAGGGACAGUGGCAAGUGACAAUCCAAAUUACAGCUCCGGGGCAAUGGACGCCUUGUCCAGCUCCUUCCCUGGGACAGCCAUCAGCCCCAGUGCCCAGGUUUGAAACCCCAAAGCCACAGAGAGCAGGUGGGGAAGACUGGGGGGAACUGGAAGGGACUGGGAAUGAACUCAGGUGUAUUGGGAGGGACUGGUCUGUACUGGGAGGGAUUGGAGGGGCACUGGGGUUCUACUGGCUUCUAAGUGGGAUGAACUUGUUGUGUACUGGGGUUGUACUGGUCUGUACUGCGGACGAACU